CAAGCGCGCGUUGCUGGGCGCCGGUAGGAUGCGGUCCGAGUAGGGGCUGAGAGGAACGGGGACUUUCUGCGCGGGGAGAGAGAAGGCAAGAUGAACGGGGCCGAAAGCAUCAAUUUCAGGCGGAUGGCCAUCCGCAGGAAAUCCAGCCCCACCUUGCACAGCUCGGCCUUCGUCUUCCAGAGCCCCGCCGCCGCCGCUGCUUCGCGCCUUCAGUCCCCCUCGGCGCCCCCGAGGGAAGUGGGACAGGCGGAGGCGGCGGCGGCAGCAGCAGCAGGUGGCAGUAGGUGUCCAAAGAUCUUAGUUGCUCCAACCUGCUCUUUAAACAGUACAAUUCGGCUGUACAAGCCAAGCAUCUGCAAUGAAGUGGUUCAAGGAGUAAAUGGAAACGAUCCAGUUAAGUAUUCUCCGUGGCCAGCUUCAAACUACAAGCCACAAGUGCCUCCAAAGCCAUUACAUCUGCAGAAUUCACAGCCAUCCAUUACCCACCAAACCCCUAAGUCUAAAGCUUUGUAUACCACGAAGCCAAGAAUGGAGGAAAUUACACCUAUCUCUUCUUGUGUCUCGAAAGAAAAAUCUAGUAAAGUGUCUGAUCUCAUCAGUCAUUUUGAAGGAGGCAGCACAUCCUUUUCCAAUGAGCUGAAGAAAGACUCUUCUGUUUUAAAUGUUGGUAAACCUCAAGGAAAGUAUGGACCGGUGCCAUCACCUCAGCCAAAAUUCCUCAUCCAGCAUCCCCUACACGAGCAGGGAAACAGUAGAGAUUGGUCUCAGGAUAUACAGAAUCACACAGCCAAUGGCAUAAUAGCACAGAAUCAGUGGGACUGCCAAGAUAAGUGGUCUGCCCACCGUGCCUGCAGAAACAUUCAAAAUGACUGUGAUGCAGUUGAUAGCAGUUUGGUAAAUGGAGAAAGAGGAAACACUAGUACGGACUCAUUGCCAACCACAGCAACUUGCAAGGGGCAGAAGAUCAAGAGCCAUCACUGGGCUCCGGGUGCAAAUUCAUUCCCAUCUGUAAAAGAAGCUGGAGAGAUGAUUGCCAAUAAGGAAGAGAAGCGGGUGGAGCAAAGCAGUCAGCGAGACCCUAACACAGAGACAAAGGAAACAAAUGAAGAAAAAUGUUACAAAAUUGCAAAUGAGCUUUUGCACACUGAAAGAGCUUAUGUGAGCAGACUUGCUCUCUUGGAUCAGGUCUUUUAUUGCAAACUAAUGGAUGAAGCUAACCGGGGAUCAUUUCCAGCUGAAGUCGUUAAUAAAAUAUUUUCCAAUAUUUCAUCCAUAAAUCAGUUCCAUAGUCAGUUCUUGCUACCUGAGCUUGAGAAAAGAAUGCAGGAAUGGGACACCAACCCCAGAAUCAGUGAUAUUCUGCAAAAACUGGCUCCUUUUCUCAAGAUGUAUGGAGAGUAUGUGAAGAAUUUUGACAAUGCAAUGGAGCUGGUGAAAACUUGGACUGAGAGAUCCCCUUGUUUCAAAUCCAUUAUUCAAGAUAUUCAGAAACAGAAAGUUUGUGGAAAUCUGACUUUGCAGCAUCACAUGCUAGAACCUGUACAACGAAUCCCAAGAUAUGAGAUGCUGUUGAAGGAUUAUUUGAGAAAAUUACCUGCAGAUUCUCUAGAUUGGAAAGAUGCUGAAAAGUCCUUGGAAAUUAUAUCCACAGCUGCAAGUCACUCUAACAGUGCCAUCCGGAAAAUGGAAAAUUUGAAGAAGUUACUAGAGGUGUAUGAAAUGUUAGGAGAAGAAGAAGAUAUUGUCAAUCCUUCAAAUGAACUGAUAAAAGAAGGGCAAAUACUUAAGCUUGCUGCUCGCAACACAUCAGCUCAAGAAAGAUAUCUCUUCUUAUUCAAUAAUAUGUUGCUGUACUGUGUACCAAAAUUCAGCUUAGUAGGAUCUAAGUUUACAGUCCGGACAAGAGUUGGCAUUGAUGGUAUGAAGAUUGUAGAAACCCACAAUGAAGAAUACCCACACACUUUUCAAGUGUCUGGGAAAGAACGAACGUUAGAGUUGCAGGCCAGCUCUGAACAAGACAAAGAAGAAUGGAUAAAGGCUCUUCAGAGUACUAUAGAUGCUUUUCAGCAAAGAAAUGAAACAUUCAGAACUGCAAUUGCAAAAGAAUAUGAUGACAUGCCUAUUGAGGUGUCUACUGCUGAGCUCGGGAAGAGAGCCCCAAGAUGGAUCCGAGACAAUGAAGUGACUAUGUGUAUGAAAUGCAAAGAGCCAUUUAAUGCACUAACAAGGAGGAGACAUCAUUGCCGAGCUUGUGGGCAUGUGGUUUGCUGGAAAUGUUCUGAUUACAAAGCUCAUCUUGAGUAUGAUGGCAAUAAGCUGAACAAAGUUUGUAAAGAUUGCUACCACAUUAUAACAGGGUGCACUGAUAGUGAAGAAAAGAAAAAAAGAGGAAUCUUGGAGAUUGAAUCAGCAGAAGUGUCGGGAAAUAGUGUGAUAUGUAGUUUUCUGCAGUAUUUGGAAAAAUCUAAAACAUGGCAAAAGGCUUGGUGUGUGAUACCUAAACAUGAAGCCCUUGUUUUAUAUAUGUAUGGCGCUCCACAGGAUGUCAAAGCCUUGGCUACAAUCCCACUUUUGGGCUACGCAGUAGAUGACACCCCAAGAAGUGCUGACCUCCCGCAUAGUUUCAAAUUGACUCAGUCCAAAUCUGUGCACAGUUUUGCAGCAGAUAACGAAGAGCUGAAACAGAAGUGGUUGAAAAUCAUCUAUUUAGCUGUUAAAGGUGAAACACCAGAUUGCUGCAACGAUUCACAAAUCAGUUUGGAGGAUCAGCAGGAAAGCACGGCCAAACUGGAAUCCACCAAUGGUCUGUAAAGCUGUAUUUGUCCCAUUCCUAUUGGGGUUGACACUACUUCCUAAAACAAAUUUGAAAAGACGCCAGCCUUUCUGCCAUGUUUCUUAGCACUUUAUGUUGGAAAAGAACAAAAGAGUCCAUAUCGUUUUAGAGAAAUUGUCCUUAACGUUUAUGUUAUGUCAAUAAAAUUAAUGUACAGAAGCAUUCCAUAUUUUCUUUUUAUUCAAUUAAUGUCUUAGCCAAAAAGUCAUCAAUAUUAACCUAAUGCUGUUAUUUCCAAGAUUGUUAUCGUACAACAUAAUACUAUUGGGGAUGGUACAGCUUUUUCAUAAUGAAGUUGAUCUCUUGGUAAUUUUCUAUGAAUCAUACAUGUGUGUUUUUAGAUAUACCUCCACAUUGCCAAAUAGAUGUGUAGUGAAAUUUAAAGUUAGAUUAGCUUACUGCAUCUAAAUUUUCGCACUAUUUACACUGAUGUGUAUAUAAAAACUAUAAUUUUUUGUUUGUGAACCAAACAAUAUCCAGAGUAUCUAAACAUUUCAAAUGAUCUAUUUAAAAAGCUAAAACUUUCCUGUUAAAUUUUUUUUAUUGAACAAUAAGAACAUUAUAUACUGUUUGCAGGGUAUGUUUUUACAGGAAAAUGUACUAUACUCGAUUUUGAUUUAUCUUCAUGAUACUAAAUCAAUGCUUGCCUAUGAUUUUUAAAAAUGAAGCAUGCAUCCUGUAGAGUUUAAGCAGAGGAUUCUGAAUUUAAGAGACAAUUGGUGGCUUGUUUAUAUAGAAUAAUAUUGGUAUUUUUAUACAUUAAUACAGAACUGGAAAGAGUAGUAAAGGCAUGUACUGGAUGUAUAGAUUCUAGCUGUGGUUUGAAAAGCAUAACUUCUCAGUUCUGUUACCUUUGGAAAGUGGUACUACAUUUCUAAAAUUAUAAGUGCUUUAGUAAUAUUAUCAGCUUAAUCUUAAACAAUGUCUUGUGAUAUCUCUUUUCCCUUUAUAUUAGGAUUUAAUACAGAGAUCUGAAUAUUAUGAAUCAGUUCGGACUUUGCAUCAAAUCAUGAUUAAAGAAAAUUAAAUACCAGUACAUGUUGAGUUCAUACAUUACACUAAGCCAUAAAGUAGUUUGUUUGUCUUAUGUGAUGUGUAAAGCCAACUGUAAACCAUGAUUUAUGGCUUAAGAUGAUGUGGGAACAAGGUGUACUCAAUAAACUAUGGUUAAAACUAACCAUAUCUUAAGAGUUACAGUCAAAUCAUGCUUUGUGCAAAGAAAAGUCUGGCUUGACAUUUUAAAUUAACAAACCAUAGUUAAAACCAUUAAUCUUCAUUUAAAGACUAGCGCAUUGAAGAAAUGCUGAAUGGACUAGUAGUCUUUAUGUAUUUUGAGGUUACAUCAGUGGCAUGGGUUCUAACAUAAAUAAUUACAACAGAUUAUGUGAUGAUAAGAUAUUUGAACUGACCACUUAUAACUCUUCAUCAAGCCAUACACAUGUUGCUGCAAUUAAUGUCACUGCAUUAUGUGUCGCAAAACCAUAAAAAUGGGAAACAGAUUGAUUAAUAUGCACCACACUUACCAUGCAUGAUCAGGCAUUUUAUAGAAUAACAGAACAUGAUUUUAAAGUUGUGCAAAGAGUAAUGUUUCUGCAAAGCUGGGAAAUAUGUGUUUAUACCUUACUUUAAAAACUUUCUUGAAGAAGUACUAUCUUUAUGCUGGAAUUUCCCAUUUCUUCUUGGCACUUUCCUGCAAGUGUGCUUUUUUCAGAUCAAUCAAAUGCCGAUCCACUGAUUGACAAGAAUUGAUUGACCAGCUUGUCAACCAAGACUGACAUUUUGAGCUGAAAGAGAGUGACUGGCCCAAAGUCACCCAGCCAACUUUCAUUGGCUAAAGCGGGAUUAGAACUCACAGUUCUCUGAUUCCUAGCUUUGCGCUUUAACCAGUAGACCAAACUGGCUCUCACAUCUUAUGCUGUAUUUUAUACUUUUUGUUUGGGAGUUAGCUUUAAUUCAGCUUAAAUUUAAUUUAAUUUAAUUCUGUUGGAAUUACUUUCUAAGUAAAGAUGCAUAGAAUUGUACUGUUGAUUUAAGCUUUGCAAUAUCGAACUAAUAAUUAAGCUAAUAUAUAAUAAUGGUAUUAUUAUAUGUUACUAGUUAUUCAGAACAUUUAUCUUUCAUUGCUGGAGUGGUAUGCAUGCAACAAUCAUAAGCCAGUACUGUGGGCAGUUAAAACUACAGGUCAAACAGCCAAUUGUCUAACUGGAAAAAGACAUAAUUAGUUGAAAUUUUCCACAUUUUUAAAUACUCCGUAAUAUUAGAUGGGAAAAUUGUGAUCAAAAGUUUUAUAUUGUACAAUCCCUUUUGCUAAGCAUUAAGUGUGUAAAAGGCCACAACAGAUGUAACAUAAGCAUGGACAGCCAUUCAGCAUCUCUCUUGCAUCUUCUCCAGAUAACAACCAGUCAGAUUUUGAAAUUUGGUGGCCCAGAUGCUGAUUGAUAGCAGUGCUGUUCCUUUCUCCAACGUACAAUUUUUGUGGGGGGGGGAGUGAAUACAAACUUUUAAACUAUCCUUUUUAUUCUUUAACUAAAGUCUACUUUGAGUCAAACAUAAUUUCUGUUGUCAAGAAAAUUUUAGAUGAUCAUAUCUGUAAAUUGCCAUUUUUCAAUUUUCUUCAAUUUUUCUAAUUUAUAGCUUCUAUUUAUUCCUUGGGGUUUAUGCUUAAUCCUUCUCCCUAAAAGUAGUCCAAAAAUUGGCCCUCUCUUUAGGGUCGCAUUGUACCCUUGUAGAUAGGAUUUGCUCUAAUACGACACAUGCUUGCUCUAAUAAAUAAAAAACAGGGUUUGCUUUAAUGUAGAUUAAAGGUAGAAUUAAAUGUAGAAUUAAAACACAUAUCCCCACAGCCAGGGCCCAUCUUUCUGAGUUUGGUAUGAAAUUAACUAAUUCACUGUUGUUUUGCUUUUGUAGAUGGGAAAGAUAUAGGUAUACAGAAAAUCUAUCCUGGUUUAUACUAUUGUGUAAUUUGAUGAUCUAUGGUUUUACCAUAUGCCCAACACCAGAGCUGAGAGAUUUUGCAGAUCUGGGACAAUUACAUAAAAGUUAGUUUUUAGAGAAGUUAAUGGUUUAUAUUCAGUUUCUCGUGUGCAUGGUUUUGAAAUGUUAUUUGAAAAUAUAAUCAAACCUUAAGCAUAUGACAGAAAGAAAAUUGAAUCUACUUUUCAACUCUUACAACUUCUGAGUCUUUGGGGGUUGUUCCAAAGUCUUAAGCUCAUGGUAACAUUCCUGUUGCCUCUGAAUGGAAUUGUCCACCACUCUUUAAUUCAAAUGUCCUGUCUUCUAAAGAAUAUUCAUCAAUGUUAUAUUGCUUAUUAAGAUGCAAAUUUUGUUUCCCAACAAAUAAUAUAUUGACCCAAUGUCUAUGGAGAUUUUCAAUCAUCCAGGUCAUGGUUACCCCAAAAGUGUUUUUCCAAAGGCAACUAGAUUUUCUUGGUUUUUCUUUGAAAAUGACUUGUUUCUCAUCCAAAAAGCUUCUUCAGUUCUGAAGAAUGGAUGAAAAAUGAAACGUUUUCAAAGAAAAAUCAAGAAAGUCCAGUUGCCUUUUGCAAAGCAGUUUUGGGACAUGCUAACCCAAUAUUAUUUUAUUCUACAAAAGAAAGUGUUUUUUUUAAAACAUGACUUACAUAUAGUUAUUUAACAAUGGGGUUUAUAUGGAGCAAAAUGCUCACGCACAUAUAUAAGUAUUCUAUGUUGUAAAAUAAAUGAUAGGCAACCCUUUGCAACCCAACUAUGUAUUUCUCCUUCCUUUGAAAUAUUUUCUUGAUAGAAAACGUGCAAAAUACAAAGCAAUUCUAACAUGAGUUAAGUGCAAAUGUUAACAAGCUCUCAAUUACAAAGCUAAUGGCUCUCAGCGUUUGAACUCAAUCUAUGAUUUGCAUGUAGCAACUUCAUUCUAUAUGUACUUGUCUCAGAAAAUCAACCUGGAGGGUGAACUUUGGGCUUCUAGUUAUCUUUCAGAAAAUAGUGUAACCUGUCUCCUGGGAAUCAUAUUUGAAAGCAGGCUUUCUUAUAUUAAGAUAAGUGAUCUCUUAGAAUUCACAUUGAUCUCAGUUAUGCAGCAUACUACCUCAUAUGGGUUCCAUUUGAACCCUUGAGGAGUGGAUAAGGGAGAGAUUUCCUUUAACCUCUCCCUCAUAGAUGAAUAAUAAAAAGCACAUGAUUAGCACUUAGGAGAGAGUAAAGGUGGUGUAGGCUUCAAAAAUGAUGUAGAAGUAGUGUUUCGGAACUCGGGUGGGACGGUGGUGUGCUACUACUCCUAAAAAAUACCCCAACUUUUUUCUUUUUCUCACGAGUUUGAAAAAGAUGUGCCGCUGCUUUAAGAGUUUCCUUAGCCUUAACCAUGUUGGCUGGGGAAUUCUGGGAGUUGAAGUCCACAUAUCUUCAAGCUUCUAAGGUUGAGAAAUAUUGCCUUAAGGAGAGGAUUCCUUAAAGGAGCAGCACCAUUUUUUUUUAAGUUCAGGGUAAAGGCUGCAAAGUCAGUCUACUUUAAUCAAGAGCUGAGAAAUAGUGCAUUUCUUCAAAAUAAUUUUCAAAGUGUGCAUAGUCCUAAGAGGGAGCACUUUCAGGAUGUUGAACUUCCUAAGCACACUCUCGGAUAAAAAGUUUGAAAUAAAUCAAUGAGAUGUAUAGUACUUGAAUGUUAUUGCAAUGUGAUUGAAGUUGUUAGAUUCUAAUGUAAAGCACAAUUAAUGGUGAUUUGAAAUGAAGAUAUGAUAAAGCUAUAAUCUAAUUUUUGUAGUUUAAUCUGUCUCCAAAAUCUUUUAAAUUGUGUUUUUUCCACCUGAAGUAUUUGGAAAGAUAUGAAGAUAGAUAAUUAAUAUUGAUAUUACAAACUAGUUGUACAAUUCCUUCCUUUUUCUUACCUGCUGACUUUAAUUUCUCUAUUUCUAUUUCGUUCUACAUAAUAUUGCUUUCCCUGAAAAUAAUGUACAUAUGUAAGUAAGCAUUUAGAAAAUGAUGAUAAUACUAGGUUUUUUUCUCUCAACAAUCCUACAGGGUAAGAAUGAUUUUACCCUAAAUAGGUUUAAAGAUAUUGUAUCGCUAGGGACAAUUGGAUUUUGUAUUUAUUUUUGUUGGAUGUGUCUUGUUGCUGAUUAAGUCGCUAUUUCUUCACAUGGAAUCUCUGUUUACCAUAGUUCCUUCAAUUCAUAGUCAUCUUGUAGCAGGAAUUAUGAAUGCAGUGGGUGGAUCUGUGUAUGUAUAAGUUAAGGCAGGGGUCUCCAAACUUGGCAACUUUAAGACCAGAGGUGGGUUUCAGCAGGUUCUGACCAGUUCUAGAGAACCGGUAGCGGAAAUUUUGAGUAAUUCAGAGAACCGGUAGUAAAAAUUCUGACCACCCCCGCCUAUUCUCUGCCUCCCAAGUCCCAGCUGAUCGGGAGGAAAUGGGGAUUUUGCAGUAACCUCUCCCCUGGAUUGGGGUGGGAAUAGAGAUUUGGUGGUGCCAUGCCCACCAAACCACACCCACCAAACCAAGCAACACCCACCAAGCCACGCCCACAGAACCGGUAGUAAAUUUUUUUGAAACCCACCACUGUUUAAGACUUAUGGAAUUCUGGGAGUUGAAGUCCACAAGUCUUAAAGUUACUGAGUUUGGAGACCCCUGAGCUAAGGGAUUCUUUUUGGAACCAACUCACCCCUUUGUUUUUCCUGGUACGCUUGUCUUUAAGUAAUACAGUAUAAUAGUCAGAAUAUCCUAUUUUUAAAUUAAAGUGUGCGUUAACAGAAAAACCAAUUUUCCGUAAAAAUUCAGUAGUUAAACUAAUCUGGUUUAAAAGCACACAUAUAACUUCCUUCUUUACAACCUUUUCUAGAUUAAAGCUCUUUUUAAAAAGGUUGGUAAAACAUUUCAGUUCGUAUUAAUUGCCAGUGAAGUUUCUAUGAACUUGGUUUGGGUGCUUUUGCAGAUGUGAGUUGGUGCUCUUUCUGUGAAAUUCCCAAAUCUUUCAUUUUUAUUUAAUGAUCUAUCAUUCUGAUAUGCCUGGCAUUUAAAUGAGCAACCUUUAUAAUUCACUGUGCACCUUGGUCAACAGCUGAAAGCGAUACUUUUAAUGUCUUUUUGCUUUCAGUUGUUAAGCAUUUCAUGAACAUGCUCUGAAUUGCAAUUGAAGAUCUAGCAGAAAUUCCUCUUAACCCAAGAACUGAAGUCUGUCUAAAUGGCAGGUGUGGAUACUAGAAGAAGGAUCAGAAAUAAUUAUAGUUAAUGUCUGUAACACUGCUUAACAAGGAUAGUGGAGAAGGGGAGAACGUGUUCCAUGGAGUGACAUUCAUUAAUAGCUGAGGCUGGCUCCCAGUUUGCUCAUUAUUUAGCAAGGAAACUUAUUUUUGCAUAGGCCAAUUACAGAAUUUAGUAUGAAUUCCUGACUAUUUUUAUGUCAGCUACUUUGCUAUUUAAUAAAUAAUUGUUGCAUAAUGAUAGGAAGGAAACCCAACAUGAAUUUAUUUCAGCGAAUGGAUUCCAUAGCAGAAUAUAGUAACCAGCAAUUCUGAAUAUUUCUACUUUCAGUUUUUCCUAUUCCCAGCCAAUACAGUAUAAAGAUGGAACAUUUCUGGAACAUUUUAUAUUAUCACAGCUAAUUAUAAAAAAAAGAUGAGUGUGCAUGUGGUAUAUGAUGAAGCAUGUUUCUUUAGUGCAUUAUUUAAACAUUUUGCUCCCUGCAUUCGUGGAAAUGUUUCUACUAUCUGAUUAUUAUUGCUCAAGUACAAACGAAUUGCAAGCUAUAUUAAUUUUCUCAUUUCAAUGUAUUCAGUGUGAAUCUACAGCUGACUGUCAGAUUGAUUUGAUGUAAGUUAAGAUAAACACUGGAUAUCUUCUUGCCAAAGUUAGGUAAAUGGCUAUCAAUGAGAAAGCCACUUAGGUUAGGUCAGUCUCACUGAAAAACAGCUUCUGUGUCACAAAAGAAGUUAUUUAAGCACAGGGAUACCAAAUGUGACUAUCACUUUUAAAAAUAGCACUUCUGUUCAUAUUCUCGGGUGUAAAUAAAUAAAAUGGUCUGUAACGCAAUGCUUUUUUUGAUAGCUUUAGCACUAUUGAUUUAUUAUUCUUGACCUUUAAACAAAGCUAUGAUCUUAGUGGUACUGUUAAAAUUUUCAUAAUUAUCGUUUUGAUAGGUUUGUAGUACAUCACAUUGCAUGUACAAGUCCUUUCCCUUCUCUGGAAUAACUCCUUUCUUGACAAGGCUUGAUUUAUGCUAAUAUUAAAGAAUCAAAUAAACUGGAAAGUGAGUAACCAAAGCAAGUAAUUGAUUUGCCUGUAGAAUAGACCAUUGUUAUAUGUGUCCCUAAAAAAAAGUGCAUAAAAAGGUAGACAUGGGAGCCCAAUACUCAUUAAUAAUCUCAUACUAAAUUUUGGAGCUGCCCAUCUUCUGCAGUUCUUGGCACUCAGGAGGAGCUGGCAAGAUCCCUUUGAAUCCUGCCAGUCUUCUCUUAAGGAACAGCCUUCCACAACACAGGUGGGUGAUCUUAUGGCUUCUCCUUAUCCAGAAAAGUCCCAUUCAUUCAUUCGCAAGCAUUGUCUCUGCCAUUAGACCAGGGCUGUCAAACUGGCGGCCUGCGGGCCAGAUAUGGCCUGCUCAGGCCAUGCCCACCCCGGCUCCGCAAAAGCAAAAAAACAUAGUGAUAAGUCACGAUACGGCCCACGAUGUGAUUGGGUUUGACACCCCUGCAUUAGACAAAAUCAUGUUAGUUUUCCAUUUUUCUAUCUGGAAAUGCCACAAGUGUUAAAAAGCAAAGGCCAGUUACCCUAAAAAAAUAUGAAGAGAGAUUGAUUCACCGCUUCUCUUUAAGCUGUUUCUAGGAUGAGAAUUUAAAACUAUGUUCUCUAGUCGAUCCAUUAAUUUAUUAAAUCAAAUUAUAAUGAGCAGCUAGCUGUUGUAAAAGUUGACUUCCUUCAGUCUCCCUUGCCCCACAAGCGAGUCUGGAAUGCAUGCUUCAUCUGAGGAAGUUGAAAUCGUCUUUUUCUUCAAGGCUGGCCUUCAGCUUGGCUUCCCAGUUCACAGCCCGUUUCUGGAAGAACAACUUAGUUCGCCAUCAAGAAAGGGAGCUGUUUCAAGGCUAGCCCUCUUUCAAAGGGGGAAAUAGAAGACUGGCAGAAUUAAAAAAGGGAUCAGCAUAGAAUCCCUAUGUAGCCUCAAGCAAACUAAGCACAAGCCCCCUUGAUUUCCAUUGACUCUUACUUAAUUCCAAGCAGGUGCUGUUCGUUGAGUAUAUUCCUGUGCAUAGGCAUAAAAGGUAAAGGUAAAGGUUCCCCUCACACAUAUGUGCUAGAAGUUCCUGACUCUAGGGGGUGGUGCUCAUCUCCGUUUCAAAGCCGAAGAGCCAGCGCUGUCUGUAGAUGUCUCCAUGCUCAUGUGGCUGGCAUGACUCAAUGGCAAAGGCGCACGGAACGCUGUUACCUUCCCACCAAAGAUGGUCCCUAUUUUUCUACUUGCAUUUUUACAUGCUUUUUUUGGCAGAAGCUGGGACAAGUAAUGGGAGCUCACCACAUUACGCAGCACUAGGGAUUUGAACCACUGGACUGCCGACCUUUUGAUCAACAAGCUCAGAUCUUAGCCACUGAGCCACCAUGUCCCUUCUUGUGCAUAGGCAUAAAUAGCAACAAAUCAGUUUAAUUGGAUCUUCCAUAUGUGGAUCUGUUUUUUUUGCCAUGGACAGGGAAGGCCUGAAUAGAGAAAUCCAGAAAGUAUUUUCCAACUUUUCCUUCUACCUGUCGUCAACUGUUAUACCUAGCAUUAAGGUUUAUACAUAUCUGGGCUCUGAGUUGGGUUGCAACUGUAUUAAAUACUAAACAGCUGGAUAUAUUAUUUCUCUCUCCCCCUCCCACAGCUUAAGCACAUCAGGCACCAAAUGUGAAAAUACUCCCUGAUGAUGAGGAUUUUCCUCUGAUGGAUGAGGUGCCAAGUCAAGCCUUCCAUGCUUAAGAAUUAUUGCCAUUGGCAAAAAAAAGGAUCUUAUUUGUCUCUUUAUGGAAGAGACACCAGAAAAAAAAUAUGUGAAUUCUAGGACAUGCCAUUGUUUUACAUUAUGGUAAAUGCACCCACCUAUUUAAUAACUAAACAUUUCCUCCUGGCCCAUACAUGCAUUUUUAAAAUCCUUAAUUUGUAUUGCAUGCUCAUGUAUGUUGGAUCCGGAAGUUAUCACAAUGCUAUGAUUUAUAUAUUGAUAUGGUAGAAAUGAAUAUAAAGUAUUUUUAUGUUUGUUAUGGCCAGCAUUGAGAUUCAUUCAUACUUGAGCUUUAAAUUGGGUGGCAAUUGUAUUAAAUAAUAAAUAGCUGGAUAUAGGAGUCAAGAAAACAGUGCUGUCUCUGAAAUCUGCUACUCAAAUGAUUGCUUCAAAUUGAUUUAUAAGAGAUAUCCUGGUAUCUCUUUUUUUCGCCAUCAUUCAUAGUUCUGCCCUCUGUUAGCUUCCGGUAAUACAGUAGAUGGUAUAUCUCAGUCUGAUGGAAUAUUUUGAUUAAAUAUUGCUUGGAUAUAGAGUCUUGCACAUCAUUAAGCCAUUGUUUGGUUAAACAUGGUUUACUGAAUCAAACUAUAGUAGCUGGUUGCACAAACCCAACCGUGAAUCAUAUAAACCAGCAGCCUGUUUUAUACAACAUGCUAAGCUGAAACUAAGUACUAUCUGGCAACAUGAUGGCAACGUUCCAAUGACUUGAAAUCAAUGUAGUUUCAGAUUAGAGCCAACCUGUGUUAAGUAAAUGGGGCCCUGUUGAUUGGGCAGUUAAAAGACUGUGAGCUUGUCAGCUGGAAGCUGACAGCCUGGGUUUGAGACAUGAGCGCCACGCAAUGGGGUGAGCUCCCUUUACUUGCCUCAGCUCCUGCCAAAUUAGCAGUUUGAAAGCAUGCAAAUGUGAGUAGAUUAAUAAGUACCACUACGGUGGGAAAGUAAUGGUGUUCCAUGUUCCUCAGUGCAUAGUCAUGCUGACCACAUGAUCAUAGAAUCUUCGGACAACACUGGGUCCCUCUGCUAAGAAAUGAAGAUGAGCACCAUCCCCUAGAGUCGGAAAUGACUGGACAAGGGAAAUCUUUACCUUUACCUAUGUUAACUAAACAGGUUCAGCUUUAAUGUUGAGAUGAUGGAAUAAAGCACCUAGAUGGUAUGUAUGGUUUCCUUAUAGAAAAAAGUACAACAAAAAUAAUCAGUUGUUUCAGCAGACACCAUACUGUUGUUUUUCGAAUAUACUGGGGCAUUUUUCCUGUCUCUAUCUAAGGAAAAAGUUAUUUAGAUGAGUAUUUCUAAAUCUCAGUCACUUUUAAGCUGUGUGGACAUAAACUUCUAGAAUUCCCUCAGCCAGCAUUGCUGAAUUCUGAGAGUUGAAGUCCACACAUCUUAAAGUGACUGAAGUAGAGAAGCACUUAGAUUGCCACCACUGGUCAAUCAGAGAAUAAUUGUUAGAUUUCAUCCCUUUCAUUUCACUCUUAUUUCUUGGUAAUUUGAUAAACUGAAACAUUCAUACAUACACACACACACACACACACCUGCUGAGGAAUCAAAGUCCUUCUUCCCGGUUGUAUUAUAUGAACAGAUGUUAACAGUAUUAUAAUUUUAUAAUUAUUUGGAGAGAGAAUGUUGGUUAGCAUUAAAUAUUUUACAGACAAUAUUUUUUGCAGCAUAUUUAAACAUUAAUCAGCAAGUCCCCAUUGUAUAUAUUUUCAGUGUCACUUUUGAAACUGGCUUGAAGAGCUUGCUUAAUUUGUUCUGCUCCCAUUACUAAAGAGUAGAGGUACAGUUUUCGCUAGUUCAUUGUUGAAGCAAUUGCUUUUGAAUUUUUAGAGAAAAAAAAGUGUAGAUAUAUGUUUUUUUGUCUUCGAUGUGGGAUUCUAUCAGAUGCAUACAAUAUUUGUGGUAAACCAACAGAGAAGUAGAUUUUCUCACAGUAUCCUAGCAAAGAACAGGCUGAUAGUGGGUAAUUUGUAAGACCCACUAUAGCAAAUCUAACUUACCUUCACCCCAAAAAAUACUCAGCUCAUGUUUUAUACUGAGUGGCGAUAAAGGUAAAAUCCUAGAUUUACAACCAUUUGUUUGGCGACUCUUUGAAAUCACAAUAGCACUGAAAAAAGCGACUUGAUAUUUUUCACGAUCCUGGUCACGUGAUUGAAAUUUGGGUACUUGGCAACUGGCAUGUCUUUAUGACAGUUGUAUUAUCCUGGGGCCUUGUGUAUUACAAUUUGCAACCUUUGCAUCCAGCUUCUGACAAGCAAAGUCAAUAGGGAGAAGUCAGAUUCACUUAACAACUGCAUGAUUCACGUAACCACUGUAGGGAUUCGCUUAAUGGCGGCAAAAAUGAGAUGCAACAACUGCCUCACUUAGCAACGGAAAUUUUGAACUCAAUUGUGGUCGCAAGUUGAGGACAUAUUGCAUUAUAAGCAGGGAGGGCCUGAGUGGGAGAAUGGAUGUGUAUAAAAGCUAUUAACUAUCUUAUUCCAAACUCACAGAGGUGUUCUGAGUAUUGUAGACUUAAAGGUUGUGGGAAUUAUACUUUGAAUGCUGCCUGAAUAAUAAUCAAGUCAAGCUUAGGUGACAAUAUCAUUACAGACAAUGCUUUGGGAUAUAUGUCUAUUUAUUCAAAGAGUGAUUUCUAGAAGGGCUUUUUCACUUUUUUCUUUACCACAAAUAGAUUCUAAAAUAUAUGAAAAAAAGAAAAGAAAAAGUAAUAUUUAAAAUGGUGAAUGUGUUUAGCUUUACCAGUUGAUAAUAUGUACAUGUAUGUAAAAUAUUUGCAGAUAUUUGUAUACAUUUCUGUAAUAUAUGUAUAUUUGGUUAAUAAUGGUGGGAGCUGGACUACUGUAAAAUUACGCACUUUAAUUUCUGUUGAAAAUUUUAAAGAAAUUUGUAAUCCUGUAAAAUAAAAACAACAAUCCAUCAAUAA